AAGAACGUUUCUUCCUCCUCUAAUAUAUACGUCAUAUCAAUUCUGUCUUACGCUGCAAUUCCCAAAAAUCGAAAACCCUUAAAACCCUUGCUUGAAUUUAAAUCAAUCAAUAAACCAAUGGCAAUAUUAUCUGAAUACGAAGAAGAGGAUCAAAAUAAGCCGACGACUUCGUCUGUCAAAAAGGCGCAGUUUAGCGCCGUGCUUGAUCCGUCGGACCCGAUUGGAUUUCUGGAGAGGGUUUUUGAGUUUGUUGCAAGGGAGAGUGAUUUUUUCAAGAGCAAUUCGUUGGUGAAUGAUGUGAAUGCUGUGGUUCGGAUGGUGAAGGACAAAGUGGAAGCCGAGGAGAAGACAAGGAGGAAGGAAUUGAAAGCCAAAGAGAAUGAAAAGGCAGAGAAGGAAGCAAAGGAGGAGCCGCCAGCUGCUGAGGCGGUGCGAAAGGAAGAGGUGAAGGUAACGGUGGCUGAGAAGGAGGUGAAUGGGGAAAGUGAGACCAAAGAGGAUGAGAAAAAAGGGCAUCGAGCUCCUAACAAAGGAAACGGUUUGGACAUGGAUAACUAUUCUUGGGCUCAAUCAUUACAGGAGGUUAACAUCACUGUUCCUGUUCCUCCUGGAACAAAGUCAAGGUUCAUUACGUGUGAAAUAAAGAAGAAUUAUCUAAAAGUUGGGCUUAAAGGCCAAUCUCCUGUCAUCGAUGGGGAACUUUUUCAGCCUGUAAAGGUCGAGGACUGCUUCUGGAGCUUAGAGGAUCAAAAAUCCAUCUCUAUACUCCUAACAAAGCAGAACCAGAUGGAAUGGUGGAAAUAUUUAGUGAAGGGUGAGCCCGAGAUUGAUACCCAGAAAGUAGAACCUGAAAACAGCAAACUUUCGGACCUGGAUCCUGAAACCCGUACAACUGUGGAAAAAAUGAUGUUUGACCAACGACAGAAAUCCAUGGGCCUUCCGACAAGUGAUGAGAUGCAGAAACAAGAGAUUCUGAAGAAGUUUAUGGCUGAGCACCCAGAAAUGGACUUUUCAGGUGCAAAGAUCAAUUAACCAGGAUGAUAAUGUUUACUGGGGCACUCGUGUUACUUGUUUUGCCAUAUUCUGGGUGGAUAGAGUACAAUUCGUAUUAUCAUUAUGGCUUUCUGCUUGAAUUUUAGUGGGCUUUAUUUUUCUGAACUUUUUCUAGUAUCACAUGUGAAGGGUUGGUUUGUUUACUCUACCUAACUGAAAUUCAAGUAUUUUUGUUGUGGGUAUAAGAAGACGGGUGUUCUUUGCUAUU